AUGAAUGCGGUAUUGUCAUUGAUGGUGCAGUCAGUCACCGACUCGGUGCGGACUUCUCUUCGCGUUCCAUUCUUGUUGUCCAGAUUAAAUAAAGGCAGUCAUUCUGAAUUUUCUUCAUCAACAAACACAGCGGAGACAGUUAUAGAUCCAGAAAUGAGACAUUUUAUGAUAGUUGGCCUUGGCAACCACGGUAUGGAUGGCACACGUCACAACGUUGGGAUGAUGGCUGUGGACCGACUUGCUGCCAGACUUCAGCUGGACUGGCAGAAGAGUGUCGGCCACCAUGGCGGCUUCAUCUGCUCCACUGUGUUGAAGAGUGGCAGCCAACCUUUCAAAGUCACCCUGCUGAAGCCAAAAACUUUCAUGAAUAUCAGUGGCACUAGCGUUGCCAAGGCAGUGAAAGCUCUCUCAGUAGCUCUACAAGACAUCUAUCUGGUACAUGAUGAACUGGAUCGCAAUCUUGGAAAAUUUCAUAUCAAGGAAAGAGGAAGCGCAGGGGGACAUAAUGGCGUUUUGUCCUGCAUCAGUUGUCUAGGAUCAGAUGAGAUUCUCCGCUUGAGGAUUGGAAUCAGCCGGCCAGCAUGUAAAUCUGAAAUUAUUACAUACGUGCUGAGUAAGUUCAGUGACCAGGAGCUGGCCGUCGUAGGUGUGACCAUUGACCAGGCAAUAGAUGCUUUACUGAGACACAUGGAGAACAGACUGUCGGAGACAGUUACCUAG